ACAUCUGCAAAGGAGCCAACGUCUCUGCCUGAUUCGUUUUGCAGACAUUUAACCAUUUAACACAAUUUUUCUAGUGUAAGAAUAAAAUAAAAAGUAAAUCAUUUAUACAUUAAACAUCAGCUCUUAUACAAUCUUUACUAAGCUUUUUUUUUCAGUUUCAGACGUUCGGGGCAUAGGUUCGGGGCGACUAACCACUGCGUUUUAGGGACCCAAUUUAUGACGCGCAUUUCAAAUUUCAAAACAAACGACUCAAACGACUGACUCGCGCUUGUCAACAGAAGAAUUGAGAAUGGACGCAGUGGACUGAACGUCUCAUCCAUACUCAUGCAAAAUGAAUACAUGUAGCGUGUGAAAACGCUUGUGGUGAUUAUGUGUUUGCUUUUUAACAAUGUAAUCACCAUAAAUCGUUUUCGUACUUCCCUGAUUGAAGAUCAUCUGACUGCACGGUGAGACGACAGACCAGUGAUUCAGUCUAAUAGUUAGUGAACUCACGUUAACUUUAGCUGGAUCAAAUUAAUAUCUGAAGAGACUGCAGUUAUGGAAGAUCGUGGGAUCUCAUCCGAAGGCUCAAACAGCGCAGUGAAAGCUCCCUCCAUCGAGGACUUUUCUCUGGUCAAACCCAUCAGCCGAGGAGCCUUCGGGAAGGUUUACCUCGCCAGGAAGAAAUGCAACUCCAAACUCUAUGCAGUCAAGGUGGUGAAGAAAGCAGACAUGAUGGAUAAGAACAUGGCUGAUCAGAUGAGAGCUGAGAGAGAUGCUCUGGCUCUCAGUAAAAGUCCUUUUAUUGUGCACCUGUUUUAUUCUUUACAGACUGCAACUAAAGUCUAUCUGGUAAUGGAGUAUCUGAUUGGUGGAGAUGUAAAAUCACUUCUUCAUAUUUAUGGAUACUUUGAUGAGGACAUGUCUCUGAAAUACAUCUCCGAGGUCGCACUCGCUCUGGAUUACCUUCACAGACACAGGAUUAUUCACAGAGACUUAAAACCAGACAACAUGCUCAUCUCAAACGAGGGUCACAUUAAACUCACUGACUUCGGGCUCUCCAAGGUCAAACUUGACAGGGAACUCAACCUGAUGGACAUUUUAACCACACCUUCUUUGGUGAAGCCUAAGAAAGAUUAUUUCAGGACACCUGGUCAGGUUCUGUCACUGAUAAGCUCUCUUGGCCUCAAUACCCCGGUGACCGAAGGCAAGCGUCACGGCAGCACAGUGUUGGGCAGCCCCAUGUCCUGCGACAAAGUCAAGCAGAGGAAUAGUUCACUGUGUUCACCUUUGCUGAAGAGACGGGCUGAUCAUCUGAAUUCACCAGUAUGCACAACUCGAGCUCUAGGAUCCAACAGUGUGUUUAGUCCUGGCCUGCUGGCUAGGAGUUUGACACCAAGGCUGAUGAAGUCAAGGAAGAGAUUUGAGACUCUGAGUGCUGGGAGUGCACACUCAUGUCUGUUACCAUCCACUACUGACUCUGAAGACUGUGUCAGCCCGAUGUGGGAAGAUGAGCAGAAUUUUCAAGAUGGCGAGAACCUUCCACAGUUAAGCAGAAGAGAAGUGGCCAAUAGAAUGUCAAGAAACAUUCCCUUGACACCGGUGGAAAGAAGGAGGAUGUUUCCAGCUCAAGCUCAAGAUCACAGCACUGUUUUGACUCCACUCAAUAUCCAAGUGGACAACAGCAGAAUUAUUAAACCAGAGAUUUCUACAAAGAGGCUCCAGUUCGGUGCAUCCGACCAUUGUACUACUGCACUGGGUAAAGCUGAUCCCCAUCGAUCAUUUGAUAAGACCGUUCCCAAACCAGAGCCGCCAACAGAGUCCAAAUCCUCAGUAAAGAGAGCUUUUGAUGAAGUAGAGAAAAGCCCAGAACAGGCUGAGAUCCAUUGCAAGAAAAACGACACUGAGUACAAGAGGUCUUACCACAUUCCUGAGGACAACUCAAGGGCCCACACAGGCUUGACAGGAAUUUUCUCUACUGUGGGGUUUGAUGAUGUUAAAAGUGCAUCGAUAUGUCAACAGAUGAGUGAGAGAAUGGGCCCAAAGCAAUCUAGUCCCAUAGCCGUGGCCAAAAAUCUCUUCUGUGAUCUCGAAGAUCAAGGUGAGGAGGCUUUGCCUAAAAGCCCAACCUCACCCGGUGAUGACCGAAAUCUCAGAAGAAGUCUUAGUUUAGAUUCGGACGGCUCAGCCCAUGAGAUAUCAGUGGUUAAACAAGAGUCUUUUUCGUCCUCUUUUGAAGAGCUGGAUGAAAACGAGAUCUCUGUAGUCACACCGGCAGCCCGGCCCACCUUGGCUACACCAAAGCACAGCAGUGCAAAGCAGCAUAGGGGUAAAUAUGAGCGUUCUCUUCUUGACCAUCCUCGUGGGCUGUCUGACAGUAUGGUCAAAUCACCUGGCUUCCUCAAACCCAGGAACAUGGUUGCAUUUAGGAGCUACUGCAGCUCCAUAAACCGCUCUUGCACUUCACAUCUCAGCCUGGCCUCUUUGGAUGCCAUGGAGCUAUCUGCGUCAGCCUCCUUUCACAAUGCCCAGUCUGCAGUGACUCCAGUUCAGAAGAAAAGGCCCAGUCUGAGCAGCUCACUUUACCAGACUCCACAGCAGAUGGUUGUGUCUCACACUCCCUAUAGGACGCCAAAAAGUGUUCGUAGAGGUCCAGAACGUGUGGAAGGGGCUCCUAUCCUGGGAACUCCUGAUUACUUGGCACCGGAACUUUUACUAGGCAAAGCUCAUGUUUCAGGGUCUGUAAGUUGUGAUUUUAUGGUGGAUUGGUGGGCGCUAGGUGUCUGUCUGUUUGAGUUCCUCACAGGAAUCCCACCAUUUAACGAUGAGACCCCUCAGCUGGUGUUCCAGAACAUUCUCAACAGAGAUAUACCGUGGCCAGAUGGAGACGAGGAGUUAACCCAGAACGCAAGAAAUGCCAUAGAGAUUCUGCUCACUAUGGAUACAGCCAAACGUGCUGGCUUUAAAGAGCUCAAGGAACAUCCGUUCUUUGAAGGUGUGGACUGGGAAAACCUUCACCAUCAGACUAUGCCCUUCAUCCCUCAGCCCGAUGAUGAGACAGACACCUCGUACUUUGAGGCGAGAAACACGGCCCAGCAUCUCACUGUAUCAGGCUUCAGUCUGUAACACACACACACAGUGCUCUUGUUUGUCCUUCUGUUUCUCUCUUCUCUCUUCACUCAUGUUGGAAAGUGUCCUGAAAUGCUGCGAGGUGGGAUUUUAACACUUAUCCACAUACAUGCUGCAAUAUUUGUAGAAAGUCUUCCGUUAUGUUUAUUUGGAAAAAGUAAUAUAUUAUGUAACACUAAUGUUUGUACUGAUUUAAGAUUGAAGAUGUUGCUAUUUUUACUCAUGUUUUCUUGAAACAAUGCUUGUCGGAUUGUGAUUUUAACAUGCUAAAUAUUUUAUAUAGUCUACAGCAAGUUUGAUUCUGGACAUGGUCGCUGCUUAAAAAAAAAAAAAAGUACCUUUUUGUCAAUUUAUAAUCAUUUGAUUCAUAUACAACACUGAAAAAUGUGGUUUACAAGACUUGCUUAGGUUUCAGAUGAUUCUAGAAAUGUUUAAUUAAAUAAAAUACAAUUGUUGUAUUAAUAAUCAAGCUUUAUUUCUGACUUAAUUCACUUUGGAUAUUACACAUUAUGUUUUUAUUUUUGUUUGUUUUUUUACCAUGUAAGCAUAAAUGCAUACAUUUCACUACCUGAGGGGUCCUUACUUUCUUACAUGUGUUAAAAGUAAUCAGAAUACAUUAUCUAUUUGCAAUCCAUAUUAUAAACUGUACAAUGUUUGUAUCGGUAAUGGACUACAAUGUGUAAGUAAUCUACUGAUAAUCCAGCACUGAUUAUAUUAAAAUUACAACAGCUAAAAAUACAACUGAUGAUCUAAGUGUUCUCGUAGCAUUAAUAUGGGAAUACAAAUCACUCAGAUUUUUAAAAGCUUUUAAUAAUGCGUAGUCUAACAUAUUGAAUGACAUGGAUCGUGACGAUGAAGAAACAUGGGUUGAUCAUCUGCACUGAAGGCAAAAUUUGAAAUGUUUAAUAGGAACAUACUGUGUUUAGUCUGAACAAAAGCAUUAAAUCAAGAACCUCCUGCUCUACAGAUGAUUCCAAGUAUUACAGACGUGAAUAACAUAUGCAAAUGCUACAUUACAGUAUAGUACAAUUAAAAUAGAACUUGUUCCAAAUUAUAUAUUUUUGCACCUAUCUAAUAUACAAUUAUUAAAGGAAUUAUUAACAUUAUUGACUAAUUUACACAAACCACAAUGAAACAAAAAACUUCAUUUAAAAAAAAAAAAAAACCUAC